AUGCAUAUUGCAGCAGAAAGUUGCUGCAAAUAACUCCCCGUUCACAACACAAUGUCUGCGUUACAAACAGUCGUUUACGGAGGUACAAUCUCACCCACCGGUGACGAACACCGUAAUAUGUCAGAGAAGGUCCAAAAAUAUGGCAUCAGCAAUUUACCGAGAAUUUGAACUCAUGAUUCAAAAAUAUGGCGAAGAUGGAGUCAAGACAUUGAUGCCUCUGGUCGUGAAUGUGCUUGAAGCUCUAGAUCUUGCUUUUCUUGAGCGAGAAGAGGCAGCGGUUGAUCAAGAAAUGCUCAAGGAGGAUAAUGAACAGCUUAAGUACAUGGAAAUCGAGGACAACCUCAUUGGUCAGAACAAAGAGUUGGAAGCGAAAAUCGAAUCUCAUUG